AUGCUGAUGAUCAAUGCUGAACCCUCGAAAGCGCUGGGGGAAAAGCCGGAUGAGAUCGAUCAGCCGCUGGCUGCCAAGAGCGCUGCGCAACGCUGCGCGAGGCUGGCAGGCCCUUAUGUUGGGCAUCAACACCCGGCCAUCUCCUAUCACAGUGCUGCCGAACUCACACGGUACACUAAGUCCACACUCCACGGUCGUAUUUUCGUUCAACGGUCCGCUUUUGGCGUCUGUACAUCUGUCAGCCUUGUCAAUGCACUGCAGCGAUCGAAAUACGUCAUGCGCCUGGAGACGAGGAAAGGCGGAAAGGCGGAAAGGCUCUUGGUUGGAUACCCCUAG